CUGGAAAAAUGGAGAGCCUGAUAUGUGAUUGGGGCUUGUGACAAAAUAGCAAAGACUGAGGUCUUUUUUGUGGCAGCGACCACCAUCAUGAACAUCCUGGCAGCAUCUACGUCCACCACGCUGGUCACUCUGACCUUCUGGACUCUGGUGUUCCUGAUCCGACCCGCGACACUGAGAGCCCAAGAGGGAACCACAGCCAACAUCAAGCACAUCGUCCUGGGACGGUGCCACAGCUACAUGAACUUUGUCAAUCCCACCAUGAGUUUUGAUUGUGAGGAAAUCUGGCGACACUUUGAGGUCGCGGUGGCUCAGCGGUCGCCCUGUAACAUCACGGUGGAGCACUAUCAUCACAUGUUUCUUGCCAUGCCUCAAACCUGGCCGUGUGACCGGUUUCUCUUCUGGAGUCGAACCAGAAGGCUGAUGCGCAGCUACGCCACGGUUCUGGGUCACUUCUGGACGCUGGAGGACACACUGGCCGGCUACCUCUUCAAUGACCUCGUGUGGUGCGGACGCCACGGUGACUUGGGGUUUGAUUUCAGCUCCUGUCCUCAGUGGUCAGCCUGUCCCCAUCACCCCGUGUUUUCCUUGUGGAGGCAGGCGUCCCAAAAUUUCGCAGAAGUGGCCUGUGGGAACAUCACCGUGCUUCUGAACGGCUCCAUCGGCGAGGCGUUUGACCGCCACAGUAUUUUCGGAAGUGUGGAACUGGACAGUCUCAAUCCUGAGAGGGUGAAUUAUGUCAACAUCAAGGUGGCGUCCAACCUCGGAGGACCGUCUGUAGAGUCCUGCGAACAAGGCUCCAUCGCAGACUUAAUCCAAAUCCUGAAGUUUCGGGGGUUCCGCUGGACCUGCACUGACAAUGACCCGUCCUUGGUGAUCCUGCAGUGCGUUCAAGAACCCACUCACCCGGCCUGUCGGAUGUGUGGUCUCAACUGAGUCUUCACACUUUUUGG